CUUCGGUCAGACAUAAAUGCGGCUCAUGUGCGCCAGAUAGAAGAUUUGAAGUGGAUCGGUACCGUAUUGUUUGCAGCUCUCCGCCAACACUUUUCGUCUGAGUUCCAAGGACAAGCGAUUGAUCCGGCAUUGGCGAAACAAAUGUGCGAAUGGCUCUUUCUCAGUAUUGGAACAAUGAUUCGCAGUUGUCGACCGGAUGAUCACCUGUUUGUGCUUAUGCACCUUCUUCGACUUCCCUCCAAGUUACUCAAGUCACUAUCCGCCUUAAUACAACCUCCCGAUCCGACGGUUGUGUGGAAUCGGUCAUGUACAAUUCUGGAGUUUUUGGAACAGCCCGAAAUCCAACUUCACUUGACCAUGUUUGCUGCCUGUCUUCGUCCAGUCAGGAACCGUACUCAGUUUCUUCUGGCUACCAAUUCCGACAUAAAAAAUGUUCCGGAAUCGAGCAGUGUGCCUUUUACACCCCAACCGGAUGGCGAUAAUCCAUGGGUUGUGGUUGAUUCGGGUGGCGAGAGUGACAGCGAAGAGAGUUUAGUGACUGGCUGUACGAACACAACCGGGACACUGUCCUUCAGUCGGACCAUUCGUCCCGAAUCCUCAAUAUUUAUCGGACCAAAAGACAUGGACCGAUUAUUGCGUCAGUUGAAUCUGGUUCGCCUGAUCAGACUGUUGGACGCACGUGGGCACGUGGGCAUUGUGCUAUGCACAAAGGAGUCCGGUUUGAUGACCCUGAUGGCCUUCGCCAACCGUAUAAUGGGGUUGAUUGAAUCUUGCGCUGAAAUCUAUUCGCAACAUAUGGAUGCACCGAAAUCACGAGAUCAUUUGGGAUCGUGGCGAAUUCUGGCCAAACGACUGGCGAGUAUUGUGAGUACCUUGGUCACAGCUGUCGGAUCUCGGGUGCGUUUGGCCUGGUCCCAGUAUCAGCAGAUGCAGCAACAACAGCCGUCUGUGCCUAGCAAUUAUGAAGAAUUUGCUCGAGUUCUCUCACAGUAUGAUGCGUUCUGUUUACGUGCCUCAAAAUGCCUCCUUUCUGGCUGUGGUCUUCCAUCCACGCAUCAGGACGCUGUACGAUUAGUUUGCUGGCGAAUUCUGGCCCAGCUGUUUCCGUUCGGUUUCGUCUCCAGCCGAUCGAAAGUGACAUUCCUCUAUUUGAUUAUUGAAUCGCUGCUGCCAUUUUGGAGGCCAGACUCGGUUGAAUUGGCUCAAUUACCCGAUCAUGUGAUCGGUCCAUUACAUCAGACAUUGCUGUCCAUCGGUCUGAAUGAUAUCGGACUUGGUUCUAUAUUGACCACCUUGGGUAAAUUGGCAUCUGUUGAGUGUCGUCCGGUUCCCAUUCCCGUCACCAAAUCAGGUUAUAUUGCGACUUAUGCGUACCACUUACCGGAGUUAGAAGCUACCUUGGUCCGGGCCGUCAUUUCCAUCAUUUUUGGGGUAAGUGAGGUGUGUUUGUGUCCGCGAAUGUGUCGUAUUUCAUUAAAAAGAACGCAACGCCCCCCACCCCUUGAAUUCCGAUAA